GCUAAGGACUGCAAUUCCAUCCAGCCUAGUUCAUUUCAGUCAUCCGCUCAGCGCACAGACGGAACAAGGAGAGCAAUUUCAGCGCUGCGUAUUUGUCAAAGCCCCCCCAAAAGCCUAAAGUUAAAAAAAAAGAAACAAAGAAAGAACAGAAAAAAUGGUAAAGUACAUGAGACAUCACAGCGAGCUGAAACCCGAAGAGGUCAUGUCGGAGUCUGAUGCGUCCAUGGACCAGCAGGAUUUCGGAGAGAUGUCCGACUAUUCUUUCAGCGACGUUAUAUACUCCAAAUGUUCCGCAAUGGACCAAAUCGGCACUUUUAUGAAGAACGUGCAAGUGCUGCUCGAUGCAGCCAAUUACAUUGAAAACAUUGAGAAGAACAACGGAAAAUGUGAGCACGGGUAUGCUUCAACAUACCCCGCAACCCAGAUUUCACUUCAACAGAAACAACGCAAAUUAAAGAACAGGAAACUGGACAAUAUUCACAAUAGGUCGGCACACAAUGAACUGGAAAAGAACAGGCGAGCACAUCUUCGUCUGUGCUUGGAGAGGUUGAAGUCCCUCAUUCCUCUGGGACCAGACUGCAGUCGGCAUACCACUCUGGGACUGCUCAACAAGGCCAAAGCACAUAUCAAGAAACUUGAAGAGAUAGACCGGAGGAGUCAGCACCAGCUGGAGACCUUAGAGAGGGAGCAAAGGCACCUGCAGAGGCAGCUAGCUCUGCUGCAGACCCACGGAGAGUGGGAGCGCGUUCGUACGGACAGCCUGGGUUCCCGCAUGGACUCUGAUCGCUCAGAGUCUGACAGAGAGGAAAUUGAAGUUGAUGUGGAAAGCACUGAGUUCUCCCAUGGAGAAAUGGACAGUGUAAGCACCAGUGGUGCAAGCGACCUGGAUGACCAUAGCAGCCGGCAGAGCUCCGCCAGUGAUGAGGGCUACUCCACUUGCAGCCUGAAACUGGCCUUUUCUGCUUAAAGCACCAGCCUAUACUUUCAUUAAGCUGCAGUCUUUUAUGGCUUUUACCUGUCAAAGUACCAGCCUACAGCUCCAGUCUCCCUUACCGUUUAGCUAAUCUGUCAUCAGAAGAACCAGCCCCUAUCCUAUCUUUACCUGACAAAUGAAACAUCUCCACCCAAGAACCAGCCUUAAGUUCAGCUCAAGUCUGAAAGUCUAAAACAGUCUCCUUCCAAAAACCAAGCGGCUCCAAUUUACACAACCACAAAUCUCCAGCAAUAUACGGUUUCCUUACUUUAAAAGAUGACUUAAUCAAUCACCCGAAUGUCCCUUUACCCAUUACCAGCUUGAAGCCGCCAUACCUGCACUUGAUAGUGAUCCUUUAGAGGACCCAUGAAUGCACCUGUGUCAAACACUAAAGGCUAAACUGUACCUUUAGUGAAGUUGAUCCUCAGAAACCAGCAAAACAGACAAAAAAUCCCAAAUACCAGCUAGAAACUCACCAUUGGGAACGUUCGCUCCAUUGCCUUGUAAAAACAAAAAAAACAUGGCCCUUUUUCUUUGGAUAAUGUAUCCAGAUAGCACUUCUUGUCAGUGUCCAAGUCAGAGGAAAGGGCUAAAAUGUCUGCAUUCCAAAAUGUUUAUCAUACUUCUAUAACCUCUGCUUUAGGACCCACCAACAUCAUCGAUCCAUGUGGCGUCCCUCUUCUUAAGUGACAUACAGUCAGAUACAGAGAGGUGGUGCAGUCCACCCUUGUUAUUCUAAUUUAUUUUGCAUAUAAUAUUUAUUUUUGGUAUAUUUAAUUGUACUGUAGCUAGGUCUUGGUCAUGCUUGAAUGGGAAAAAAAACCCUUGCUGUUAAAUUCUUUUAUUAUUUUCUGUUUCUAAAUGUUUACCAAACUUACAUGAUGUAAAAUCCCCAAUGAAGCAGUGCUAGUUUAAUGCAUUACUCGAAAUGCUUUCACACUGUGCGUGAAUUAAAUUUUUUUUAGACAGUAAUAAGCUAUCCCGCACUUGUCCAAGCACAAAGCUCAAGCAAUAAUGCCUCUAGUUUUAAUAGAUCUUCAGUGUUGGCUGGGUUUAGCACAUUAUUCUGUCCGUCCAACUCCAAAUUAUAGUUUUCCACUUGCUCCAGCGGUAGUACCAGCUAUUCAUAAUCAACAGUGAAAUGAUUGUAAUGGACUCGAAACGCUAUGGUGCAUGUGUAUUUGAAUGUAGCCUUUCUAAUCAUGUUGUAAUGUGCUUUGGAUUGAGUCUUACAACCAUGUGUGUAGCAUGAACCACAUAAACACCACAGAUUUUGGUUUGUACUUCAUUGUUUAACUUUUUUGUUUGUAUCGUAGCAGAAAAAGCUAAAAUCCUUGAAAUCUGGAGACUUGAUAAUUUGAUGUGUAUUUGACGCAAAGAAUUGCACUGCUGAGCUAUUCAAAUCCAUGAAACCAAAUGAGACCAUUUAUCUGCAUUCUUCUGAUCCAGUUUCUAAGUAGAUCACCACCAAAUUGUGUCUUAAAGUGGGUAUAUGACUCUUGCACCUGUAACCCCCAACAUGUUUGGGAAACUAUAAAAUGCACUAUGAAAAUGACUUUUGUUAAGGAAGUACGUUGAAGCACACCCCCAGAAUGUUUUUCUUGUGCUUAAUCAGCCAUCCAAGGUGACUUUUUUGCAAAACAUGUGCUGCUGGUCCCCUGCUUUGUUACAGUUCCUGAUAACUACCCUUGAAAUCUUAAUAAACCUCUACACAGAAAAACCCCAA